UUUGGGGUGUUGUGAAUUUGUGUAGGCAAGAUAUCUUGAGUUGGAGUUGUCGGAGCGAUUUUAGUUUGUUUUGUCAGUCGAUUGGCACCGCUUUCCAACGCGCCAGUCGCAGCCAUGCCCGGGAUAGAGAAGCUUCCGAUAGAGGAGACGCUGGAGGACAGUCCGCAGACCCGCUCUCUGCUGGGAGUGUUUGAGGAGGACACCGCAGCCAUCUCCAACUACUGUACACAGCUCUAUCAUGCUAUGCAGAGGAUUUAUGAUGCACAGAAUGAGCUCAGUGCUGCAACACAUCUGACCUCCAGACUGCUGAAAGAGUACGACAAACAGCGUUUUCCUCUGGGGGGCGAUGAUGAGGUGAUGAGCUCCACCCUGCAGCAGUUUGCAAAAGUCAUUGAUGAGUUGAGUUCCUGUCAUGCUGUCUUGUCCACCCAACUUGCAGAUGCUAUGAUGUUUCCCAUCACUCAGUUUAAAGAAAGAGACCUGAAGGAGAUCCUCACUCUGAAAGAAGUCUUCCAGAUAGCAAGUGAUGAUCAUGACACAGCCAUUAAUAGAUACAGCCGCCUGUCCAAGAAGAGGGACAAUGACAAGAUGCGGGCGGAGGCUGUGGAGGACGUCUACACCUCCCGCAAGAAACAGCAUCAGACCAUGAUGCACUACUUCUGUUCACUGAACACACUACAGUACAAGAAGAAAACGGCUCUGCUGGAGCCACUGCUGGGCUACAUGCAGGCCCAGAUCAGUUUCUUCAAGCUGGGAUCAGAAAAUCUUACCCAGCAGUGGGAGGACUUCCUGGGAACCAUAGGAACCAGCGUCCAGAAUGUCCGUCGGGAGAUGGAGGAAGACGUGGGGCAGAUGCAGCAGACCAUCCAGCAGAUGGAGAGAUCAUGUGACUCGCUGUAUGCACCAUGUGACCCUGACCCCGCCUACUCACCCGUCUGUCGCAACCUGACCAGGAAACAGGGCUACCUGUACAUCCGCAAUAAGACAGGUCUGGUGUCGUCGUCCUGGGAGCGUCAGUACUUCUUCACGCAGGGCGGGAACCUGAUGCAGCAGGGCCGGGGCGAGGUGGCGGGCGGGCUGGUCACAGACCUCGACAACUGCUCCGUCAUGGCAGUCGACAGCGACGACCGCCGCUUCUGCUUCCAGGUCACAUCCUUCGAUGGCAAGAAAGUGGUGACACUCCAGGCGGAGAGCAGGAAGGACUGCGAGGAGUGGAUCUCCACCAUAAACAACAUCUCCAAGAGGAUCUACCUGAGUGAGAACGCAGAGGAGCUGGCAGCCAGAGUGAACCAGUCAGCUAUCGAAGCUGUGACGCCAUCACCGUCUUUCCAGCAGAGACACGAGAGCCUGAGACCCAACAGUAAAGGACGUGUGGGCCGAGCGAGCAGCAUUAGCUCUGUGGGGUCCGAGCCAUCGCCUGCUCUUUCUGUGCUCUCACUGGACGCACUGGUUGCCCCGGAAACGCCCAUCCAGUUUGACAUCAUUUCCCCUGUCAGCGAGGAAAACUUAGGGCAGAGCAAGACGGCAGCGCAGUCUGGCAGAAGGAGUAAUCCGUUUGGAGAGUCAGGAGACACCACAUCAGAAGACAGUGAAGACUCGAUCCUCCACCAGCUCUUCAUCGUUCGCUUCCUGGGCUCCAUGGAGGUGAGGACUGCUGAGUCAGCGGACGUCAUCUCUGAAACCAUGAGACAGAUCCUGGCUGCCAGAGCCAUCCACAACAUCUUCAGGAUGACCGAGUCACACCUGCUGGUCACCUGUGACUGCCUCAAGCUUAUUGAUCCUCAGACACAAGUCACUCGACUCAGGUUCCCUCUGUCCACCGUGGUUCAGUGUUCGUCCCAUCAAGACAACAAGAGGCUGUUUGGUUUCGUUUUGCUGUCAGCAGGCGGACGGGGUGACAGCCGAGCCGUCUGCUACAUUUUCGAGUCCAACAACGACGGAGAGAAGAUCUGUGACAGUAUCGGUCUGGCCAAGCAGAUAGCCUUCCACUCCGAGAUGGACCGUAAGGCGGUGGAGAAGAGGAAGGAACAGGACAAGGCCAAAGAGAAACAGCAGGAGGAACUCAGCAAACAGAGACAGAUAGAGAAGGAUCUGGAAGAGCAGAGCCGUUUGAUCGCCGCCUCGAGUCGUCCUGCCAACCCGCCUGCCUCUGACGGACAGUUCCUGGUGCUUAGCAACAGCCAAUCAGAGGACAGCGACGCUGGGGACGAGGGGAAGAAGAGGGGCGAGUCUGAAGCCUAGAGACACGCGGAGGAUGCAUGUUUUACCUCCCGGGCGAGUCCCAGCUGGUACUGUCGAGGCGACACCACCUGCCCACCUGGGCUGCCUGGGACUGAAAAGCAUGUGCUCCCUCUCUGCUGGACACUGUUUGAAGUUUGUGGCGGAGCCUGUCACUCUGAAAACAGAGGAUAAACUAAACGCACCCUCUUUAAGAGGAGGAGGAGGGGAGUGGGCGAGGAAACGUCUCGUCACGGACUUGCGUUUUAUUCCGUGUGUAAAAAAACGCUGCUUUUUAUACCGGCUCCACUAUCAAGAAAAAGACAAAAAAAUAUAGAUUAACCUGUAAGUUUCCGUUUUUAUAUGUUUAUUUUAUAAAAAGUAGAUAAGAAUAACGACAGAGGAUAUAAAGCAGAACAACACGUGGGGAAUAAUGAACCAGGAUCUGAAGGAGACGCCUGAGAAAACACAGAAGGCAGAUUUGGACACUGUUAGUUUCAACUCUUGCUCAAGGGCACUUUGGCCUCUAGGAGAUCCCAAAGGGCAACAGGACACCUCAGCUGUUUUCUCUGUCAGUGUUGUUAAAACAUGCGACUUGUUCAAAAACAAAGAGCGAAGAAGAGAGAGAGAGAGGGGGGGGAGUCUUAUUUUGAAGAGUCCUUCCUGUUGUGACGAGUUCAUCGGCUGAACUUUUUUU